AUGAAGCUGAAUCUGUCAGAGAAUCCGGAGCACUCUGGACGGAAUCGUAAAGCGAUGAAGAUCCUGCUGGCGGUGGCUUGCCUGGUCGCAUUGGCCGCAACUUUAGAGGACGACAACCUCACCGUCACCGAUCAAGUAUUCCUGGAUGUCAUGAUAAACGAUCAUCCAGCGGGAAGAAUCGUCAUCGGGUUGUUCGGUCACAUCGUUCCUAAAACGACGAAGAAUUUUAUCAAUUUGGCUACUGACGGUGUAGGAGGGAAAACGUACAAAGGUAGCCGGUUUCAUCGAGUGAUUAAGAAAUUUAUGGUGCAAGGUGGAGACAUAGAGAAUGGCGACGGCACUGGAUCGAUCAGCGUCUACGGAAAAUACUUUGACGACGAGAAUUUCGACAUUGGCCACAAUGGACCCAUGUACGUGAGUAUGGCGAAUGCCGGGAAGGAUACGAACGGUUGUCAGUUCUUCAUUACAACUGUGCCCACACCGUGGCUAGAUGGGAAACACACUGUAUUUGGAAAGGUAAUUCAAGGGGAGGAUGUAGUUUUCAAGAUCGAACAGACGAAAACGGACGCUGACGAUGUGCCGAUUAAACCCGUGGUCAUCUUCGAAUGUGGGUCUCUCCCUACCCCCUCUCCAUUUAAAGUGGACGACAACAUUUACAACAUUUGGGCGUGGAUAAAAGCAACGUCUAUACCACUGAGUUUCAGCUUCUCGAUUCUCGCCUUUUUCCACUAUGUUAUGAAGAAAUUAGAUGUUGAUUAA